AUGUCUCGACUUGCUGGUAUUCCUCCUACCAAGCCUGAUGAGGCCUUUUCCCUCGUGGCCAGUUUCAAAGCGGAUACAUAUGAUCGCAAAGUCGACUUGUGCCCAGGCUUCUAUCGCGAUAACAAUGGAGAGCCUUGGAUCUUGCCGUCCGUUUCCCAGGCUAAAGAGCGCAUUCACGCGAACUCGAAGCUUAACCACGAACAUCUGCCUCUUCUCGGUCAUCCAGAGUUACUAAGAGGGGCGCAAAAAUUGACUUUUGGUGCCUCUCGAGAUUUGACUCGUGUUGCUGCGAUACAGACUGUAUCGGGCACCGGUGCUAAUCACAUAGCAGCUCAAUUCCUCUCCACCAAACUCAGCCCCCGAACUGUCUGGAUCUCAAAUCCGAGUUGGAUUAAUCAUACUGAAAUCUGGAAGCUCGCUGGCCCGUCAGUAGAGCAACGGCACUAUCCAUACUAUGAUCAUGCAAAUCACAAGGUGGACUUCGAGGCGAUGGUAGAGGCCUUGCGUGAAGAGGCACAUGAAGGGGAUGUCAUCCUGCUUCACGCUUGUGCGCAUAACCCUACCGGGGCUGACUUGACAAGCGAGCAGUGGGAGAUCGUUGCUGGCCUGUGUAAAGAACUGGGGUUGUUCGCCAUCUUUGACAUGGCAUACCAAGGCUUCGCGUCGGGCGAUGUCAAUCAGGAUGCUUCGGCUAUAGCUCACUUCUUCGACCGCUCUGAUCUGGAAUUUGCAGUUGCACAGUCCUUCUCAAAGAACUUCGGUCUGUAUGGUGAGCGUGUUGGAGUUCUUCACAUGGUCGCACUUGAUUCCGAGACUGCAGCCAAGACGGCACCCUUGCUGGUGCAGCUUUCUCGAGCUGAGAUUACCUCUUGCCCUUCAUACGGAGCAAGGAUCAUUGCCGAGAUUCUUAGCGACCAAGCUCUCUAUAAACAGUGGCUCGAUGACUUGGUCGAGAUGAGCAGUCGUAUGAAGACUAUGUGGGCGAGUCUGUACCAAGGGCUUUUGCAUAGAAGAGUUCGGGGAUCCUGGAACCACAUGCUUUCAGACAUUGGCAUGUUCUCUAUGACGGGCCUCUCCAGAGCCGAGGUUACAAUACUCAAAGACGAACAUCAUAUCUACCUGCUUCCUUCUGGUAGACUGUCCGUUACUGGAUUGACAAGUAGUAAUGUGGAGUAUGUUGCAGAUGCGUUUCUUUCCGUACUUGGAAUUAAGUAA